GUGUUUAUUUAUUAAGUUUUCGUCUGGUUGCUGUGCAGAUGGUUCAGGCGUUCACACACGGUCCGGCCACAGUGGACGGAGAACGAGGAGGAAAGUUCCGUCUGCUAGAAGGAAACGUUUUUGGUGAAUUCACAGAGCUGAUCCCCGAUGAGAAAAUAGUCAUGAAGUGGAGGUAUAACACCUGGCCCUGUGAGCAUUACGCGACGAUCACGCUGUCGUUCUUGGACCGGAGCAGCGAGACGGAGCUGAAGGUGGAGUGUCGAGGCGUCCCGGACAGCGAGGAGGAGCAGACCAGGGAGGGCUGGAAGAGAUACUACUUCGGCGCCAUCAAACAGACUUUUGGCUUCGGAGCGCGACUCUUCUGAAGACGGUUUCCUGGAUUUUUAAACCUUUCCUCCUUCCAUCUUUCUUUCUUUAUUUUGUUUUGUUUUGCUUUUCUGGCACAAAAAAUGUUGUUAAACUCACGAAAGAGGAGAACCGGUGAGGCCUCCAGCAUCUCCUGUUCUGUGUAAAUGUUUUAAUUUGUGAGCAUAUUUAAAUCUAGAUUUCCCCCUGUGUCUCUCCCCAGUAUUUGUUGUUCAAAGGAGCUCGUGGACUGUGCCUUUGGAACAAAACGGAUCGAGUAAGAAGAAUCUAGUGAACCACUAAACGCAGAAUCGGCUUCUAUAAAUAUGUAAUUAUUGCAAGAGAUGAAAGAAUUAAUGUCUUUUUUUUUCCUUUUACUCGAAGAGAAAAAGAAACGUGUUGUUUUGAAGAUGAAUGUUUAUUUUGUACUCAUUUUACUCGAGUGUUUCCGUGGUGACGACGCUUUCAGCCCAGAUGCAUGUUUCAUUUCGGAGGAUCCUCAGCAGUACUGUAACUUUCAGCAUUUUUAUCCAUUCACACUUGAUUUCCAUCCGCAUCACGAAGCCGGCGGCGUCUUUUCUCAGACCUCCAGCGGAAGUGUUUCCUCUCGCAGGUCGCAGCGUAGCAACUACAGACGUUUUGCUUCAUUUGGCUUCAAACUGUACAUUUCCAGUAAAAGAAAAAAGCGAAAAAAACUCUCAGAACAGAAAAAAAAGCAUCUAUUUAUUCCUCAUUUCAUCCCACCGCCGUGUAAAGAGAUUAGUUUCUUGGAAUAAAUCGAUCCCUGUA